GUUUCUUGCUCCCUAGCCAUCGUUUCUUGUGUCGUCGAUUGGUGCACUGGCUAGCCGGGAUCUGGAUCUACUCCUGCGCCCGCCCACCCGGCCAUCGCUACAAGAUCCACAAGAUCCGGCGACAGUCGCGGUCGUCCUGCGAGAGUCUGAUUGGUAUUUGUUUGGAGUCCGGCGGUUGCUCUCACCGCUGCCACCCUCUCGAUCUGAUUGAUCCCACCAGCACCAUUAAGAGUUGGGGAAGGUGAACCACCCCCUUCUUGGGAUCCGGUACCAACUCCAAUAGUUCUGCAAUGAGUAUCUCAUUGAGAGAUCGUAUUAGAAAGAGGAGGGAGGAAGAAUAUGAUGACAUGAUGAUGUUUGUAUUCCCUGCCUUAUAUCUGAUGGGUUCUGCUAGAGAAGGAGGAGUAAAGAAGAAACGUCAUACAUCAGAAGAAACAGGAGAGGUUAAGGUUCGUCGACUCCUUGAGGGACAUAUCAAGAAUUGUCAAGUUACAUUUAGGAUGGAACCCCACAUCUUCAAAGAGUUGGCGACUUAUCUUAGAAGGAAAAGACUCGUUGUUGAUACAAGGAUUACGGUGGAGGAGAAGUUGGGUUUCUUCCUAUACAUGUUAAGUUGCAACGCCUCAUAUGAGGAUCUUGCAGUGACCUUUGGGCACGGCAACGACACCUUCCAUCAUCACAUCAACCACUUCUUCAAGAAGGUCAUUCCCACACUUUCUCGUCGUUUCCUCCAGUGCCCCGAUCCUAAUCAAGUGCAUUCGAAAAUCCAAGAUAAUCCUAGAUUCUAUCCAUUCUUCAAGAAUUGUCUUGGUGCCAUUGAUGGAACUCAUAUCCUCAUUUCCAUAUCCCCUGAGAAGUAUUCUCCUUUUAGGAAUAGAAAGGGCACACUAAGCAUUAAUGUGAUGGUGGCAUGUGAUUUUGAUCUCAACAUCACUUUUAUUUCUAGUGGAUGGGAGGGAUCAGCUACAGAUUCCAGAGUGCUAAGAUCGGCUAUGAGCAAGGGCUUCCAGGUACCUCCAGGCAAAUUCUAUCUGGUUGAUGGAGGGUAUGCAAAUACUCCAUCUUUCCUCGCUCCAUACCGAGGGGUUCGAUACCAUUUAAAAGAAUUUGGAGCUGGACAUCGAAGACCACAAAACUCAAAGGAGCUCUUCAACCACCGCCACGCACUACUGAGGAACCAUGUCGAAAGGACUUUGGGAGUGCUUAAGAAGUGCUUCCCCAUUCUCAAAGUUGCCACAUUCCAUACGUUAGAAAAUCAAGUGAAAAUACCUAUAGCUGCAUCCAUCUUCCACAAUCUAAUCCGAUUACUUCAUGGAGACGAGGAAUGGUUGGAUCAUCAGCCGGAUAAUAUCGAUCCAACACACUUUGUUUCUUUACCCAAUGGCGAUCAAAACAAUGACUCAGGCACUGCACAAGGCAAUGCUUUGAGAGAUACCAUCGCCCAAGAAAUGUGGGUUCAGUACCAGCAACAUGUAAAUUAAAUUAGUUUUCAUGAAUUAAUAAGCUUGUAUCAUGAAUAAGUUGAUGAAUAAGUUAAUAAGCUUGUAUCAUGAAUAAGUUGAUGAAUAAGUUUUUUCUUUU